CCAGACUUCCCUCGGUGGUAAUCAUGUCCAAUUUUAGAGCAGUUGCAGUUUAGGUUCUCUGAGUGACCCAGCUCACCUGGUAUAUGUGGUCCUCCUGAAAUCAUUGUUAAAUAAAUGAAGAAGUGGAUGCCAAGUGGAUGCCUGUCUGUCUAAAGGCAGUUCUGUGGCAGCUUCUGACUUUCUGUUUUUCAAAAUUCUCUCCAGAGCAUCUCCUUUCUUCAAAGCGCUAUGCAGUGAUUACGCCUUAUGCUGCAGGUGAGGGAAAUGAGGCCCAGAGUAGCGUUUAAGUCUUAAUUGGAAAAAACAGAUCAGGACCUCAAAUGCCCCUGAAUCCCAAUUAAAGUAGUGAGAUGAGGCACAUGAAAGCCCAGGUGUAGCCGUUUACUGCAGAGGGCAAGGACUAUGUCCUGUGCAACUAUUUCUCUAUUUCCUGGGGUGGAGCCUGCCACAUGGAAAUCAAUAUUUUAUCAGCAUGGAAAUUAAUUGUUUGUACUUAGGAGCAGCAGAACUGGGAACUGAUCAUCGAUCGAGAGUUUUAUAGACCAAUUAUACACAAUCCUAUUCCAUUGCUCUCACCCCCCAUUUCGCCUUCAGACUUGUCCUACCUAUGGCUUUCAGGAGGCAAGUAAAAAACUUUGUGAAAAAUUACUCGGAUGCUGAAAUGAAAGUCAGAGAAGCUACUUCUAAUGACCCUUGGGGUCCCUCCAGUUCUCUGAUGCUAGAGAUUAGUGACUUGACUUUCAACACGAUUUCUCUCUCAGAGAUUAUGAAUAUGCUAUGGCAGAGGCUCAGUGACCAUGGGAAAAACUGGCGCCAUGUGUAUAAAUCCCUCACUCUGAUGGAUUAUCUCAUCAAGAAUGGAUCAAAGAAAGUUAUUCAGCAUUGCAGAGAGGGGUUCUUUAAUCUUCAGAUGCUAAAAGACUUUCAACACAUAGACGAAGCUGGAAAAGACCAAGGCUAUUAUAUCCGGGAAAAGUCUAAGCAAGUUAUUACAUUGCUGAUGGAUGAACAGUUGCUGUAUAAAGAGAGGGAAGUGACAUGUCGAACUAGACGGUGUACCUCUUACUCCAUGACACUUCCCAAGAGACUUCCUGGUACAGGUAACUCACCAACAGCGUGUGCUUCUGCGCCUACGCCAGAAAUUCCUGCUUCAGAGAAGAAGCAUAAAUUUCUUAAGGUUUCCAGGCUACAUAAUAAAGAAAACACUUCCAAGGGAAGAUUGAAACAGGAGCAGUACCAAGAAUUUCAGUUGCCUGCGGAAACCAUGUUGUCCCAAGAAACUCUACCACCACUUGAGGGGAAUGCUUGGAAAUCAACCGAUGACCUGAUUCUAUUUUCCGAUGAGGACCCAAAGCCAUCCUUGCCAGUGGCACCUCCUUCUGUUACCUCUCCGACUACAUGCUCGUCAGAUGGCAAAGUAGAAGCAUCCAACCUCGGUGAUGCAGAUGCUAUGCCUACCUCCUCAGAAAAAUGUUCCUCUCUGCAGAUAAAUGUGACUUUGGACAAGGAAUCAGAGAAUACCAUUUCAAAUACUGUAAUAGAAAACCCUUUGCAAACACCUCAGGGAAAGCAAGAACCCAUAAAAAGUGUUGAAAUGUUGACAACUUUACCAGCAUUUUGCUCAUCAAGUAAAGAAGAAUUUAUCAGCCCCAAUUUAAGGAUAUCAAAGUCAGAUUCUGCUUUCUAUAACUGGUCUUCUGUAGAGACACUCUAUGUCUCUCCCUCUUUCAAAACAGUUAACCCAGUAAAGGAGAUUGUAAUCAGUAAGGACCAUCAGAAACCUACACAAGCCAGCAUUGUUCAGAUGGAUAAUGAAGACCUUAAGACCUUAACCACAUGGGUUUCAACUGCCUCUGCCUCUGAGGGAACAUCUUCCUUUUCUGCUGCUUCUGUGUCCCCUUCCGAUGCGGCCCCUUCAGAGAAGCCGGUCCUGCACGUACCCCCGGCUCUGCCCAGACCUUCCCUCUGGGCUCUGCCGCACCCACGGCGGUCUGCUGCCUCCACUAAGCGCAGAGGCAAGACGGCCGGUGCCCACUACCCCUUUGCUCCAAGGGCCCUGUCUUCUGAUGAGGAGGAAGAAGACAACCUCAGCCCGCUGGAAAUUCUUCCCGAUAACUCUGAUUCUGCUAAAAAUAAGACCAGUCGUAUUUCCAGCAGCGAUUGGGUCGCUUUUCCCACCCAAAAUGUAGACAGCAUGCCCUCCGUAUCCUGCUCUAGUUUUCAGCCAACCCAAGGGAACCUGCCCAGGGAACCUGAAGCAAACAGUUCCAUUAAAGUUCUUCUCGAGGAGGUAAAAAGUGCGAUAGUUAGACUCCAUGAAGAUCUGAGCACAGUGAUACAGGAGCUUAACAUCAUCAGUAGCCACCUGGUGAGCAUGAGCGGGACUAGUCUGCAAGUCGGCAAAUCUGUGUAGGCUUCCAGUCUGCUCACAUCCAACAAUCCCAGUAGCCAUUUUGAUAGAAUUCAUGUGAUUCCACUUCUGAAAACACUUAAGAUGUUAACAUUUUAUUGAUUCUCAUUGCUAUGGAAAAAGGGUGGUAGUGUAAUUUGCCUUGUCAGGUUUAUUAACAAGUAUUUUAGCCAGGCAUGGUGGUACACAGCUGUAAUCCCUAUACUCUGGGAGGCUGA